UUUAAUACGGACGGAUAGAACAGGGCGUAUAUAAGCGCCGGGACUGCCCUAAUCUGCCUUCUUCUUUGCCAAGCAGCUCAAAACCCUAUCCCUGUCUUUGCUCCUCCUCUCAGAUCUGCGGAGAAUCCUAAAUCCGAUCGUAUGGGUUCAAAGAAAAACGACUUCGGCGAUGGCGCUAGCCCUGGAAAAAUCUUCAUUGGAGGUCUAGCAAAAGAUACAACAUUAGAUCAAUUUGUGAAGUACUUUGGGAAGUAUGGAGAAAUAACCGACUCAGUUAUCAUGAAAGAUCGUCACACAGGACGACCCAGGGGAUUCGGAUUCAUUACAUAUGCGGAUCCUUCUGUGGUUGACACUGUCAUUGCUGAAACUCAUAUAAUCAAUGGGAAACAAGUUGAGAUAAAGAGAACCAUUCCUAAAGGAUCUUCUGAGUCAAAGGAUUUCAAGACAAAGAAAAUUUUUGUUGGAGGCAUUCCUACCUCUGUAUCUGAAGAUGAGUUCAAGGAAUUCUUCUCCAAGCAUGGGAAAGUGGUUGAACAUGAAAUCAUUAGGGAUCAUGUGACUAAGCGAUCCAGAGGCUUUGGAUUUAUUGUAUUUGACAAUGAGCAAGUAGUUGAUAAUAUACUGGCUGAUGGAAAUAUGAUUGAUAUGAUGGGUACCCAGGUUGAGGUCAAGAAGGCAGAACCAAAGAAACCCUCAAACCCUGCACCUGCUCCCGCUUAUGGUAGUAACUCUAGGGGUCGUGGUUAUGCCGAGAAUUAUGGUGGAUUUGACAAUUCCUAUAGCGGUUUUGGUGGUGGCGGCGGCUUUGGCCCUGCCUCUUAUAGGUCUUUUGGUGGAGGUCUUGGUGGUAGGUUUGGUGAUUACCCAUAUGGGGGUGGUGGUGGUGGUGGUGGUGGUGAAUUUGGGGGUCGCUAUGGUGAGUAUGGCAGUAGUGAUUUUGGUGGAUACAGAGGAGAGCCUUCACUUGGCUACUCAAGUCGCUUUGGCUCUUAUGGUGGUGGCUUUGGUGGGGGGUAUGGUGGCAGUGGGCUAGGUCCAUAUGGCCGUGGAGGUGGUUAUGGAGGUUAUGGUGGAGCUGGCUCAGGUGCUGGUUAUGAUUCUGGCCCUGGUGCUGGCUAUGGUGGAGCAGGAGGCUUAUAUGGAAGUAGGGGGGCAGGCUAUAGUGGCAGUGGUCGUUAUCAUCCAUAUGCCAGGUAGAUGUUCUAUUAAGCCUUUCCCUAGGAGUUGCACUCAGGUCUCUUGGUUAUUGCAUCUUGUGGCCCCAAAGUUGAGUAGAUAUCCAGAGCACUAGCAAGGGAUACUGUAACAGUGGAAGAACCAUAGUUUGUUUCAUUGUGUUUGUGGCUUAGAUAACCAUGUUUAGAUAAAUCUCAUGGUAGCUUGUGCUUUAUGUUUUAGUUAGAUGUUUCUUCUGUUAUGAAGUAUGAGUCAGUUAGAACUCACUAUAGAGGCUUUUUAACUGUAUUCCUAAGGCUGAUUUCAUAGAUACAAGUACUUUUUCUGGAGGCUCUUAAUGUUAUGCUGUUGUGAAUUUAUUUAGUUAUCUAAGCAAUGCUUGUAAGUUUAGUACUGCCAUU